AUGUUUAAGGCGUCGUUUCUUUAUAAAUUGACCUUUAAUUUAAGACAAAAAAGAAAUUAUAAAAUGUCUUUUGUUAACGUUCCAGCUGAAUCACAAUUUCCUAUUCAAAAUUUACCUUAUGGUGUAUUUUCUACUAAUGACAACAAAAAAAGAAGAAUUGGUGUAGCUAUUGGAGAAGAAAUUUUGGACUUAUCUGUUGUUAAACAUUUAUUUAGUGGUCCAAUUUUAUCAUCUAAACAAGAUGUAUUUGCAUCAGAAACUUUAAAUGCUUUUAUGGCUUUAGGAAAAUCAGCUUGGGUUGAGGCUAGGAGUACAUUGACAAAGAUACUUGGAACUGAAGAUCCAACACUUCGUGAAAACGCUGAAUUACGUUCAAAAGCUUUUGUUAAACAAUCUCAAGCUACGAUGCACCUUCCAGCUUCAAUUGGUGAUUAUACUGAUUUUUAUUCUUCUGAAAGUCAUGCUACAAAUGUCGGUAUAAUGUUUCGUGGAAAAGAAAAUGCUUUAAUGCCAAAUUGGAAAUGGAUACCAGUUGGUUAUCAUGGACGUGCUUCAUCAGUUGUUGUCUCUGGAACUCCAAUUAAAAGACCAUGUGGACAAUUGAAGGCAGAUGAUCAGGAUGCACCAACAUAUGGUCCAUGUAGAUUACUUGACUUUGAACUUGAAACUGCAUUUUUUGUUGGUGGAGAAGAAACAAAAUUAGGUGAAACUGUUAGUAUCAAGGAAGCUGGAGACAGAAUUUUUGGUGUUGUUCUUAUGAAUGAUUGGUCUGCAAGAGAUAUUCAAAAAUGGGAAUAUGUGCCAUUAGGACCAUUUUUGGGUAAGUCAUUUGGUACAACAAUAUCACCAUGGAUUGUAACAAUUGAUGCUUUGAAACCAUUUGUUAUUGAUAAUCCAAAACAAGAUCCAGAGGUAUUGGAAUAUCUUAAAGAUGAUGAACCAUUUACUUUUGAUGUUGAUUUGGAAGUUUUAAUUAAGCCACAAUCUUCAUCAACACCAACAACUGUUUGUAAAUCAAAUCUUAAGAAUUUAUAUUGGACAAUGAAACAACAACUUGCACAUCAUACAGUAAAUGGUUGUAAUAUUAGACCUGGAGAUUUAAUGGGUUCAGGUACCAUUUCAGGUACUGAACCAACAAGUUUUGGUUCUAUGUUAGAAUUGUCUUGGAAAGGUACCAAGACUGUUUCUGUUGGUGAGGAGACAAGAAAAUUUAUUGCUGAUAAUGAUGAGGUCAUAAUUAAAGGAUUCUGUCAAAAAGAUGGAAUAAAAAUAGGUUUUGGAGAGUGUACUGGUAAAGUUUUACCUGCUGAAAAGAAGUAUUAA